AUGGGCGAUCGCGAGUUAUCCGAGUCUGAAAAGGCGAUUGAGCGCUAUAAGGUAAAGAAGCUCAUUCAAAUGCUGGAGUCUGCCCGUGGUAUGGGAACCAGUGUGAUCAGUAUUUACAUGACUCCAAAGGAGCAAAUCUCUGGCAUGGUAACAAAGCUGAAUAAUGAGUAUGGUACGGCCUCUAAUAUUAAGUCCCAUACGAAUAAAUUAAGUGUACAGAGUGCUAUUACAGCCUCUCUUGGACGUCUCAAACAAUACAAUCGUCUUCCACCUAAUGGUCUUCUUUUAUACUGUGGUACGGUUCUCACGGCGGAUAAUAAAGAGAAGAAGCUUACACUUGAUAUUGAACCCUUUAAGCCUGUCAGCCGCAGUCUGUACCUUUGCGAUAACAAGUUCCACACAGAGGAGCUACGCCGCAUGCUGGAGUCAGAUGAAAAGUUUGGUUUUAUUGUAGUGGAUGGCAGCGGCACCACCUACGCCACUCUCUGUGGGAGUGUAAAAGAAAAACUAGGCUCCUUCACCGUUGAGCUCCCCAAGAAACACGGUCGUGGUGGUCAAAGUAAAAACCGUUUCGCCCGUAUCCGUAUGGAGCGACGCCACAAUUAUCUCCGCAAAGUCGCUGAAGGCGCCACGCAACUUUUCAUUACAAACGACCGCCCCAACGUUGUGGGUCUCGUGCUCGCCGGCUCUGCGGAGUUUAAGGAGGUGUUGUACCAGUCCGACCUCUUCGACCCGCGGCUGAAGGAGGUGGUGGUGAAGGUCGUCGACGUGGCCCACCCCGGCGAUGUGGGACUCAACCAGGCGAUCGAUCUCGCCGCCGACGCCCUCACGGGGGUGAAACUCGUGCAGGAGAAGAAACUCCUGCAGGGGUUCUUUGAUCAGAUCGCCUGCGAUACACAGUUGUAUUGCUUUGGAGUGGGCGACACCAUGCGUUGUCUGGAGGCCGGCGCCGUGGAGACCCUCAUCGUGUUUGAGGACUUGGAUUUGUUGCGAUACACCAUAGCGAAGAACCGGGGAACAGAGGAGGAGGAGGUGACGGUGCACAUCAUGACAGAGGCAGAGGCAGAAAAGGCAAAUAUUCACGUACAUGAGGCUGGCAAAGCACAGAAUGAAAUUGAAUCCGAGAACUUUGUGGAUUGGCUCGCAACGAACUACCAGAAAUUCGGUUGCACACUGGAACUGGUGACAAACCGUAGUCAAGAGGGAACACAGUUUGUACGUGGAUUUGGUGGUAUUGGAGGAGUUCUGCGGUAUAAACUCGACCUGAUGGCACUGCGUGAUUCAGAAAAGAAGGAAGAAGAAGAAGAGCGCAUCGCUGCAAAUAACGAAGACUACGACUUUGAUGAUGACUUCAUGUAA